CUUUCUGUUCGUGUGUGUAUGUCCGUGUGUAUGUGUGUGUGUGUGUGUGUAUAUCUGAUACUAAGGUGUGUUUUCCACCACACACACAGUCUAACAACAGAGGCAGCAGCGGCAGCAGGACCCACACCACGGACUCGGGUUCUCUCAGCCCCAGCUGCCGCCUCUGUCCUCGGCCUCUGAAGCUCCAGCUUCUUCGCUCUCUGACACCGGGCCAUGUUUCCAGCGGCAGGCGGCGAGGAGUGACUGUUUUUCUGCCUCGACUGCAGCGCAGCUCGGGCGGCGACUUUUAACGUAUUUUUUUGGGGAGAGAAAACAAAAAACACAAGGCAAAAACAGGACGACAAAGAAGAGUGCGAAGAAGGGACAGAAAUCCAGGCCCCUUGUACGAUUUUCUCCCGACAUUCACUACCGGAUAGCGGGAUGUCGGAACGCGGAGGUCUCCCGCGGACUGGGGGCGUCCCUUCCCCUCACAUGCAGCCCUCCAAGCCGGUCAGCAUCACCUCCAACCGGCCUGUCCAUAUGAACCUGUUCGCUACCUGGGAGGUGGACCGCUCCUCUCCCAGCUGUGUGCCCAGACUCUUCAAUCUGACUCUGAAGAAGCUGAUCAUGCUGAAGGAGCUGGACAAAGAUCUCACCUCUGUGGUCAUCGCAGUCAAACUGCAGGGCUCUAAACGGAUUCUGCGCUCCAACGAGAUCCUGUUGUCCUCAGCAGGGCUGACAGAGACCGACCUGCAGCUCACCUUCUCCCUGCAGUAUCCUCACUUCCUGAAGAGAGAUGCCAACAAGCUCCAGAUCAUGCUGCAGCGACGCAAGCGGUACAAGAACCGCACCAUCCUGGGAUAUAAAACGUUGGCACUGGGUCUCAUCAACAUGGCCGAGGUGAUGCAGCAUCCCAGUGAAGGUGCCCAGGUCCUGGGUCUCCACAGUCAGCUGAAGGACGCCUCUGUACCUGUAGCUGAGGUCCGGGUCUACUCCCUGUCCAGCCAGCCCAUAGACCAUGAAGGACCUAAAGCCAAGAUGUCUGAUCGUUCUCCAGACAUCGAAAACUACUCAGAAGAGGAAGAAGAGAGUUACUCGUCAGAGCAGGAAGGAAGUGACGAUCCCAUCCAUGGCCAGUAUCUUUAUGAUGAAGACGAGGAGGUGAGGAAGAAGAAGCCCCGACGUAAGCUCACCUCCAACGCUGCCAUCACCAGACAACCAAACAUCAAGCAGAAGUUUGUGGCUCUGCUGAAGAGGUUUAAAGUCACAGAUGAGGUUGGCUUCGGGCUGGAGCACGUGUCAAGGGAGCAAAUCCAGGAGGUGGAGGAAGACCUGGACGAGCUCUACGACAGUCUGGAGAUGUACAAUCCCAGUGACAGCGGCCCGGAGAUGGAGGAGACGGACAGCAUCCUCAGCACGCCCAAACCCAAGCUUAGACCGUUCUUCGAGGGAAUGUCUCAGUCCAGCUCUCAGACGGAGAUUGGCAGUUUGAACAGCAAAGGGAGUUUGGGUCGAGACACGUUUAGUCCGCAGGGGGAGCAACCUCCCCUGGAGAGGAUAAAACCCUCAAGAAGCCGCAACCUGGAGGAGGCGCUAUCUGAGUCAGACACACAGGAGCUGACAGACCAGGAGCUUUUUACUGAAGUCGGCCCCUGCAUUAUGGUGUCCGUGGCAGAGAAACCCCGUACGCCCAUGAAGAGCAGCAGAAGUGAAAUCCAGCCCAUGCCUUCACCUCGGUUGGACGGAGGACACACACCUGGGCAGAAGCGCAGCAGCAGUAGCAGCAACACUCCAAUGAAGGAGAGACAACUGUCCAAACCGCUGAGCGAACGCACCAACAGCUCAGAUUCGGAGCGAUCUCCAGAGCUGGGACAUAGCACACCGGUUCUGAGAAAAGCUGUGUACGACCAGCUCAACCAGAUCCUGUCUUCAGACUCUGCUCUUCCUGAAAGUCUCAUCCUCGUCAAUGGGACAGACUGGCAAGGACAGUACGUUGUAGAGCAGCUGCAGAUGCAGCGACACCCGGUGGUUUGCACGUGUUCUGCAGCAGAAAUCCAGGCGGUGCUGUCUGCCGUGCUCACACGCAUACAGAAAUUCUGUAACUGUAACUCCUCCAUGCCCAGAGCGGUGAAGGUGGCCGCGGUGGGCGGACAGAGUUAUCUGGGUUCCAUCCUGCAGUUCUUUGUCACUCAGCUGGCCAACAAGACGUCUGAUUGGCUGAACCACAUGCGCUUCCUGGUGGUGCCCCUGGGCUCCCACCCUGUGGCCAAACAUCUGGCUGUUCUGGACAAAAGCUACGGCUCAUCAUUCAUGGACGCACCGUGGAGGGACGUCUUCAGCCGCUCUGAGCCACCGAUAAACGACCAGUUGGAUGUCGCAGGAAGAAUCGCUCAGUACAUCAGUGGCGCCACUGUCACCCACCAGCUGCCCAUCGCUGAGGCUAUGCUAACGUGUAAACACAGGACCAGACGGGAUGAAGAUUCCUACCAGAAAUUCAUCCCUUUUAUUGGGGUGGUGAAGGUCGGACUCAUCGAGUCGGGUUCUUCACCAACAGGAGACACGGAAGAGGGCGUGGCCGUGAGUUUGGCUGUGCCCUCCACCUCGCCUCCCACCCACGGCUCCCCAACAGGGAUGAUCAAGGAGGCGGCGACUCCUCCCUCCUCGCCCUCUAUGGGCAGUGUCCUAACAGUACAAGGUAGUCCCAGCAUGUCCCAUGGCAUGGACGCCAUAGGAUUGCAGGUGGACUACUGGCUAGCCUCUUUAGCUGAGAAGCGACGUGAGGGCGAGCGACGAGACACAGGCUGCAAGAACACGCUGAAGAGUGCCUUCCGCUCCCUGCAGGUCAGCAGGCUGCCAGGAGGAGGCGUAAGUGAACCACAGACACAGGUCAGCACUAUGGCCAUGACAGUUGUCACCAAGGAGAAGAACAAGAAAGUUCCCACUAUCUUCCUGGGAAAGAAGCCCAAAGAGAAGGAUAUGGAGUCCAAGAGUCAGGUCAUCGAAGGCAUCAGUCGCCUCAUCUGCUCAGCUAAGCAGCAGCAGACUUUCCUGAAAGUGUCUAUUGACGGCGUGGAGUGGAACGAUGUUAAAUUCUUCCAGCUGGCCGCCCAGUGGCCAACUCAUGUCAAGUACCUGCCUGUAGGACUGUUUGGCUACAGUAAGCCUCUGGCCUCUUAGGGCUAAGCUCCGCCCUCCAAGACCUGGACUCCCUGACUGGACCUUCAACUGUACUCAUUCCUGUCUCUCCUUCACAAACAUGUUGAUUCCCACAAAGUGACAUCGAGUGGCUGGGAUUAUAUUUCUGUUCUCUACUGUUGUCAAAACACAUCAAGGAGAGGAUGGGAGUGGGAGAAAGGUGGUGUUUGGGUGGCAGCUGAUGUUACUGGUCACUUUAUUGGUGACUCUCCUGUGUGCGUUUGUGUGUGUGUGUGUGUUUGUUUGACUGGGGCAUUACAGCACAAAUUUAUUGCCAUUUUUCCGUUUUCCGUUCUAUGGAAUGCGACAAAUUGCAUGCAACAAGUCAAAGACUCUGACACUCAACUUCUCGACCCAAUCUGAUCCUCACGUGCAUGAGCCAAUGGAACCGUAGUGAAAAAAAUGACCUCGAAAUUUUUUCUCGACUUCUAAAACUCUGACACACCUGCUCUUCAAAACAAUUGAACUGAGGGCUUCCAUCGACAGUCGGUCUUCUGGAUGUUAAACAACAAAUAUUUCCUUUAAAAUGAAAAUAUACUGUAUGUCUACAUUUAAGGGAAGUGUCAUUUGAAUGUGUAAAAAUAGUGAAAACUUCCCUUUAAAGCUGUUUCAUGGCUGUGUAAUUUGUAGUGUACAUUUCUGUGAAAAGUCCCAGAAUUUCUGGCCAGGGCAGUUUCCUUUAUCUUUCUUGUUUGCUAUGCACAUAGAAGACCACUAGGGGGGGCUGCUGUUCAAGUACUGCCAAACUUUGGCGCUGCCCUACCAACAAACCAGGCAAAAUCUCAAAGUUCUGCCCAAACCUGUCCAUCAAAACAAUUCUAGUAGUACACUAAGGACUAAAUAUCAAGUAGUAUAUCCACAGGGUGGCGAAUGUGGUUCAGAAAUGGUCAAGAAUCGACACAAUAUGGCCAACUUCCUGUUGGCUUAGCGUUUGGUUUCCACUGAUGGGCUGCUUCCACUUCCUUAACAGAGUCUGUGGUAUUUCUUUGUGGAAAAGUCUGGCUUAAAUAAAGCACAAUAUCGCCCCCUACUGUAUAUCUAUGUAACUGUUUACUUGGAUUAAAUUGAAAUACUAAACAUUUUUAGCUACAGGUGUGUUUCGCAGUUUUCUCUAGAACGUCGUGAGGUGAUUCGUGAGCGUACAGUUUUCGCUAACACAAGUGUGUGUGUAAACUUGAUGUGGUCAGAAAUCAUGUAUCGAUACGAAAAAAAGACAAAAACGUUUUCUACCAUGUGACUCUAAGUGUGUGAUGGUGUGUGUACACGUGUGUGUGUGUGUGUGUUGGUGAAUGAAACCCAAAAAAAACUGAUCAUUGGGAAUACAUUUACAAAUUAAAGAUUUGAGACGUUGUGCUGCCUACGGUGACGUAUUAGUCCAGUUAUUUUUUUAUAUAGUGUUAGAACUCCUGAGUGUUGAGUUGUUAAUUGGUUGAUUGGUCGUGGAUUAGAUUAUAAUCUGUUUCCCUGUGUGUCAAUAUUCCAGUGUUACUCAGUGUUACAUCACUCACUCUUUCUGUUAGCCAGCAUUUGAACUGAGCCUCACCAUGUGAACCAACCAAAACUGGUUUGAACAGUGGUUGCCGUAUGGGUUUAUCCACCAGUUCCAUGUGAAAAUGGCUGGAACUAGGUCUUCUUGGUCGUUCCAUAUCGUUGGGCUUAAGGACUUUAAAACAAUCCUACAUGGACUGUGGGCACAGUAAAGUCCUCAUGAAUCGUGGGCUGCAUCAAAUAAUCCAUUAUUGGUUUGUGUAUUCUAAUUGUUGGAAAUGUUAAUGUUGCCCAAAUGGUUCGUCCUCUCAUACCAAACUCCAUUGAGAAUAUCAACGAUUUUACUUCAAAUCAGACGUGAGAAUCUAUGUGUUGAUGGUUGCACCAGGAAGUUCAAAUCGAAUAUUUUGUGAUUUCAGUGGUUGAAAUUUUAGGUUGGGAUUUACAUUAGUGACUCAAACUGGCCAGUUGAGGCAGCAGUGGACCAGCAGCAAAUGUAUUCCCUCAAGCUGAGAUUGUUGUUUUUCUCUAUGAAGUCUUGUAUAGGAAACAUGGUCAAACAUUACCACACAGUCUGUUGAUACGGUGAAGCAGGUCUGGUUUAAAUUAGAUUAUUGUUUUGCCAAGUGGCUAAAAUGUAUCUUUCCAUCUUUGCUGACAGAAAUUUUUAGGGAUCUACGUUCCUGAAAACGUCAAAACCAGCAACCGUUACCUCUUUGACUAUAUGUUUAAUAUCAAAAUGUUCUCAGCCUUGUUGUCUUGAUCCACAAAUUGACCAGAGUUUACGUUUCUUUGCUUAAAUUUACUGCAGAAAAUUGGAAGCGGUCCUGUUGGACAGAAGUGUUUCGAGGGACUUUAGAGACAAAAAGUCGCUGUCUAUGAAUUUAAGUGAAGCUCGAAGAUUGUUGGAGGUCUAUUGGUACAAAAGGUCUUGACAUAACACAAUAAGAACUAUUGAUCUUGAGUCAGGAUUUCAAGUUUUCUGGGACGUUCUUGCCUUCCAUUUGUAACAGCUGUGCUUUUUGUUGACGCCUUAUUGCUGGUUCCUGUAUGUGUAAGUGUCGGACUAGCUCCUGUGUCUCGUACCUUGGUCCGUCCUUCUGUCCGUCAGUUGUACUCUUACCCUGUGUGUAUGUGUGUGUCUGUAACUGAUGGUGUAGAGAUUAGGAACUGUCUGGUUCUUGGAGUACCCUCUGUCCGUCCGUCAGUCCACUGAGACUCCUCGUUCUUCACCGAGCUUCCACAGGCUUGGCUUCUUCAUCUGCAAACACUCUCAAAUAAAAAAAAAGUCGUCUCCAAUCGUUUCUCCUCUCCAUUGUCGCUGGAAUCUGGUCCGACCACCGACGUGUUCCUGAGCUUGUGGACAUCUUCUCAUUUCUUGCACAUACUGUUGUUUGUUCGCCUUUUGCCUUUAACAGUACACUGUAAUACUUGUAACCAUGCUUGUACAUAUCAGACUGUACUAUUUUUGUGUUUUUCUUCAUUUCAAGUUUGUUUUAUAGUCCGGCUUUUUCAUGAUGACGUUUGUCAAUCAAACAAAUGUGGGACGGAAAGUGGAAGUGUUCAUUGUUGCAUUUGUUUUUUUAAAUAAAAAAAAUAUAUUAUU